GCGCCCGCGCCCUCGCCCGCGCCCUCCGAGUCCCUGGCCGCUCCCCACUCCCCAGCAGCUCCCCGCGCCCGCCCGCGCCUCGUCUUCCGCACGCAGCUGGCGCACGGCAGCCCCACGGGCAAAAUCGAGGGCUUCACCAACGUCCGCGAGCUCUACGCCAAGAUCGCCGAGGCCUUCGGCAUCGCGCCCACCGAGAUCUUGUUCUGCACCCUCAACAGCCACAAAGUGGACAUGCAGAAACUCCUGGGCGGCCAGAUCGGGCUGGAGGAUUUUAUCUUUGCCCACGUGCGGGGUGAGACCAAGGAAGUAGAAGUCACCAAGACAGAAGAUGCCCUGGGGCUGACCAUCACGGACAAUGGGGCCGGCUAUGCCUUCAUCAAGAGAAUUAAGGAGGGCAGCAUCAUCAACCGCAUCGAGGCCGUGUGUGUGGGCGACAGCAUUGAGGCCAUCAAUGACCACUCCAUCGUUGGCUGUCGGCACUACGAAGUGGCUAAGAUGCUGCGGGAGCUGCCCAAGUCCCAGCCCUUCACCCUGCGUCUGGUGCAGCCCAAGAGAGCCUUCGAUAUGAUCGGUCAGAGGAGCCGGAGCAGCAAAUGUCCCAUGGAAGGGAAGGUGACCAGUGGGAGAGAGACCCUGCGCCUUCGUUCCGGGGGGGCCGCCACAGUGGAGGAGGUGCCUAGUGAAUUUGAGGAGGAAGCAUCCCGGAAGGUCGACGACCUGCUGGAGAGUUACAUGGGAAUUCGGGACCCCGAGCUGGCGUCCACCAUGGUGGAGACCUCCAAGAAGACAGUGAGUGUUCAGGAGUUUGCACGCCAUUUAGACUCCGUCUUGGGAGAGUUCGCCUUCCCGGACGAGUUUGUGGUGGAGGUGUGGGCCGCCAUCAGCGAGGCCAGGGAGGCUUGUGGCUAGCCUGCCCUGGGGGCGAGCGUAGCCCCAGUCCAGAGCCCAGCCCCCUGCCCCAGCCCUCCGUGUCAGCUCCUGAAGCCCAGCCUUGCUUCAGAACCCAUCCCAGAUCUGAGACCCAGCCCUGCUCUAGAACCCAGCCCAAUUCAGAGACUCAUCCCAGCUCCAGAA